AGCUUGAGGAGGGUGAACCACAGACACUGCAAAGAAGUGAUGAAGACUCUGUCAAGGUGCACAGAUCGAAACAAGACUUGGAUUUAAAAGAGGUGUAAAGCUAAAGCUGUACAUCUGCACCUGGAAGUGUGGGAACCCCCUUAUCUGAGAUGUUUUUCUACUCUGGUAGUGAAACAUUAAGAGAAGUGAGACCACCCACAGAGCUUCUCUCCCCUCCAGUGCACACACCGCACUGGGAGUCAGAAGUGAGAAGGUAGUGAGCAGCAGAGAGUAGAAAGAGGAAGCAGCAUGUAGCUCCAACCUCAGUUUUAGCACUUGUCUGUUGAAAACUAAUUAUGAGGCGCUCGAAAGAACAUUUCCAGUUUAGAUUAACUGUGAUGGGAAGAUGACGGGACGCUUUCCCAUCAUGAGGCCGAACCUCUGCUGCACCAUCCUGCAGGUGUGCCUCUGGGCAGUGCUGCUUCUCACCUUAAACGCUGACGAUGAAUGUUUCAUUGAAACUAAAGUACCCAAAGGUACUUCUUAUGAAGCUGUCGUUGGAGGAGACCUUGAGAUUGAAUGCAAAGUUGAUUUCUGUGAAGAAGCCCCACCAACAGUCGACUGGUGGAAACGUGAGCAAACCGACGUCCCUGUCAACAUCAGCGAAGGCAGUCGCAUUAAAACGCGUUGGGAAUUGAAUGGCUCUUUACACGGGAGAUCAGUUCUGAUCUUUCACGAUAUACGUCUAAAUGACUCUGGUGUGUAUCAGUAGAGUGGAGACAGUAACAGUCAUAUCAUCAACAUCUCUGUCAAUGUUGAUGAUCGACGUGGGCAUACCAAUGUUACACAGAAAAAUGAGAGUAGUUUAAAUCCUGAACCCGAGGUAAAUUUAUGGAUGUACGUGUACUGUGCUGCUGGGAUCGUGCCGUUCGUCAUCAUAGUAAUAAUCAUAUCUGUAGUUUCGAUGCGUGGGUGUAAAGGGAAAUCACAAAAAGAGAAUUCAAGAGAAAACAAGUACAUGGCAAUACCCCUCCAUCCCUGCAGCCUGCAGCCCUUGCCAAGAGGAAGCCCAUCGUUGGCGCCAUUUCGGGGAUCCUUACGGACAAAAACACCGCCCUUACAACCCAUUGAGCUUCCUUUACCAAGAGACAAUGACCCUGUUUACAGGCAGAUUCGACGGGGAAGUGAGAGACAAAGAAACACGGUUGAGGAACAGGGGAGUUCGAUUGUGUACGCUGCCCUGAACCAUCAACUUCCUGUUAGGGCUGCCAGGUCGCCGAGGCCCAUAGAGGAGCAAUCAGAGUACGCGGCUAUCCGAGUUAAAGAAUAAACUAAAAGUAUUUUCACAGAAUCCUAGUCUUCAUCUAACAUGGAUUUGUUUUGGGUAUUUGAAUGUUUUGUGAUUUUGUGACAUUUGCACAUCAAGCACUUGAAUGUACACUGUCGUAGGGUAACAUCACAUCUAAUAAUAGCUUUGUGUGAGUUUAAAAACUGUACAUGUGACUCAUUUUAUGACUAUAUGAAUGACGAUUGACCUCCUUUAAUUUCUUGUUUUACAACCUAUCUUUAGGGAUCUUGAGAAGGUAAUUAUAAUCCCAUUUUGUGCAAUCAAACGUGUAUCUAUAACUGUCUGAUUUGAAUUAAGAACAUAUGUGAUCACUGCUGACAAGCUUUCGUUUGUUCUGUAAAAUAAUGCAACACUACGGCAGUAGUAGAUUGGAGCAAGAUGAGUGUGUGUCUGUGUAUGCAUUACAUUUCCUCUGGGGUGUGUGUUGGUUAGGGGGAUAUAGGUGUUUGAAAGCAGGAAGUAAAUUAAACUUGGUUAUCUGCUGUUGCUGCUGGGAUCGUAGUUUAAAGACGUAUACAGCUGCUUUUCGAAGUGUUCGCACCAUGAGACCUCACUACUGCCUGAGCGUCCUAUUUGCAUGUUUACUAGUGGAGCAACUCCUCGCUCUGGAUGUUAAUGUAACGGAGCCUGCAAAACCGGAGAAGUACGAAUUACAGAGAACUUUUAUUAACCCCCUCCGCAUUGCUUGCGUCGUGGUUUCUGUGCUCUCAGCGCUAUGUGGUUGCUUGGCCUACAGUUGUAAGGGAGAAUCCGAGGACACACGACAGCCGAACCCUCAGAACUCCCAUGAAGCCUUGUAUGCCAUUCGCAUCUAUGAAAACGAUGAGUAGUCCCUAUGUGUGUGCAUGAAGAAACAAUCAAAUCUGGAAUCAAAUUCACUUGAAUAUUUUGUAAUCUCUAUCUGAUUCAUGCAUAAAGAUGUUUCUCCAUUUCUUUGUCAUUUGGUAAUAAUUGAUCGUGUUUUCAUGGCCUGAUAUUAAUUGUUUCUCACAUAGACAAAAUAUAAAACAUUUCAUUGUAAUGAUGUCAUCACUUUCGUAAAUAACGUAUCCACUGAAUGUUGAUGCUGCGUUUAUUUUGUAAUGGUGUAAAUCAAACUGCAAUAAAUUUACCCCAUGUCUCGA